UUCGCCUCGUGUAUGCCGCGCUUCCUGGAGCGAGCAGGUUGCGUUCGUUAGCGAUAAUUGCGCUCAGUACGUUGCGUGACCACCUCAUGAGCACUUCUUACCCGCGAAUGUUUUCAUAGCCAACUCGCGGAGUGUCUUGUGUGAGUGUUUUUUUUUUUGGUUUCGUCGAGUGGCCGAGAAAAUGAGGAAGUCGUACUCGGUGCUUUGCCACUUCGUCCUGAUCUUUUUCAAAGUUGCCUCCUCACUAAAGGACGUCACGCUCAUCCUCGACCCAGAGGUGGUACAAAGAUACCACCAUUGCACCCUGAGGUGUACCUACAACGACGAAGGUGCAGACCUUUACACCGUCAAAUUUUUCCGUGGCAUUCACGAAUUCUAUAGAUUCACCCCCAGUGAAAGCCCCAACACCAAGGUUUUCCCCGUUCCGGGGAUAAACGUAGACAUUAAUAAUUCCAGCAGUACACAAGUGGUCCUAAGAAACAUCGACUUUCAGUUGUCCGGAAACUUCACCUGUGAAGUAACAACUGAUUUUUUGUUUUCAACAGGAAUGGACACUAAAACAAUGACAGUCGUUGAAUUACCGAAGCACCCUCCUACGAUAAGUGUGGGUCGCGGCUUACUAGAUUAUGGUCUUACGUUACACGCUAACUGCUCGUCGCCACCCUCGAGACCACCUGCUACACUUAAAUUCCUCCUCAACAAUAUGACAGUUGCAAGGACCGAACCGAUCCCUGUGUCGAAGUUCAAAGACGCUCAGUGGAGUGACCUAAUCCUGGAUCUUCCACUGUCGGAAUUUCAUUUUAGUCGAGGGAGGCUUUUUCUAGUCUGCGUUGCCGAAAUUUUAGACAUAUAUAAAGAAGUUGCAGAACUCCGAUUGGACAGUGCAAGAGAACCCGUCCCAGAACGCGUGAGCGCUCUCAACGUAGCAGCUUGUAAAAUAACGUUGCAUCCAUCCCUGUUUUCCUUCGUUCUUUUGUCAUUUUUACGGAUCGUACUUAGAGAAUAGGUCACCAGAACAACAAUGUAUACCAAACAUUUACCAAACAUAGACAUAUGUACAACGUGUCGUCAGUCAUUACGAACAUGGAUUAAAACUAUACAUACAGGGUCGGCCAAGGAAAAGUUCGUCGUCUGCAUGGAAAACCUACUACGAUGGUGCGAAACGGCUGCUGCGAUUUUGUUUUGGACUUGCAACAUGUAAAUGAAUGUUACGAUUGUGUUUUGUUAUUACGAGAAAAGAAUAUUGUUAAAUGUUCCUUUGGAACUGUUGUAUAGUUUUGCGUUACAAUCACAAGUUUGUAAAUUAUUAAUGUAAGGUGUUAUCUGUGAUAUUAACAAAUAAACUGU